UUUGCUUUGUGCCCAUCACCUGCCCCAAUUGAUCAUCGAUCCCACAACACAAAAAUUUUAUGCCCUUUUCUUGAAAGAAAAAUAGUUGCAGAAAUUCUCUAUCUCUAUCUAUUUCUCUUUCUCUCACUAUCUCUAUCUGUAUCUGUAUCUAUCUGUAUCUAUCGUGUGUUCUUGAGAGCGAAUAUCACUAAUUGCCCUUUUCCUACAUAUUCCUAUUCUUACAAUUGGAGCAAUAAGAAUUUUGAUUUUUUUUUUUUUUUAUAAUUUUUGACGGUGAUGAUUUGAUAUCAGAUUCCUUGUGGGGUUCAGUUCUUGAGAAGAAAAAAUUGAAGCUUUGGUCUAAUUUAUGGUGUUUCUGUAGUUUCGAAGAAAAAAGGAUUUUCUUGAUUUUGAUUUCUUCAUCGUGAGGAUCGAAUUCCGAUCGAUUUUCGUUGAUCUGGAGUCUGAUUUCCGAAACCCUAAAUCGACAUAAAAAAAAAAAAAAACCCCAAUUUUGUUGCAGAUUAGGGAUUAUUUUUGAGGUUUUAAGUGCUGUUUAACCAUGUCGAUGAGUCUCGACAAAUGGAGGGAGUAUUUCCGGAGUGCGAAUUCGGACAUUUUCGACAUAAUCGAGCACGCGAUAAUCGUCGCUGCCUCCGAUUGCCCGUACGACUUCAAGGUUAAGCGAGAUCGAAUAGCGGAGGUUCUUUUCGCCUGCAAGUCGCGGCGGUGCUUCGGCUGCGACCGGGUGGAGCUGGCGGCGCCGGACGGCGUCGUUUUUGAGAAAAGCGAGGGCAAAUACAAGAGCGACGUCGACGCCGGCGGGAGUAAAGACACUAAAGAAAGCAAAGCAAAUUGCAGCAGCAGAGACUUCGACGACGACGAUGACGACGACGAAGACGACGAUGUCCGGAGACAGGCGUCGGAAACGAACGCCAAUCAGAUCAGCAAUUACAGCUAUGGCGACGCCGAAGCAUUGACCGAUGAGAUUGAGGAGGAAUCUCAGUUCUACCAGGAGGCCUUACGAAUCAAAGAAAUCUUCGACAACAGUGAUCAAGAGUCCAAUUCGCUGCUGAUCGAAAACCUGAGGAAGCUUCAGCUUAUGCCAUUGUCUGUGGAGGCUCUCAAGGCGACGGAGAUUGGAAAAUCUGUGAAUGCUUUGCGUAAGCACCAAUCGAAGGAAAUCCGGAGUCUUGCUCGGGCAUUAAUCGAGGAGUGGAAAAUCAUGGUCGAUUCUUGGGCUUGCGCGACUGCGGAGAUUGCAGGCGCCGAAAAUGCGACAGAAUCUGUUAAAACUUCUGCGGUUGAAGACGAGGAAGAAGGGCUGCCGUCGCCGCCGUUGGACGAGGGCGCGUUCUUUGCUACUCCGACUUCGAUGGAGCUCUCGCAGUUCUUCGACGGAAUGGAUGACGACGGAAAUCCUCAAAGCGGCGGAGAUAUCUACACGAAUAGAGAAAGUAUUAGAAAGCCGGCGCCCGCAAAAAUUGAGCCGCGUACCUACAAGCCCGAGCAAAAACGAAAUGCGGAGACUACAUUGAAGAAACAGGCCCCUCCGCCCCGACCAAAUCGCCCCCUCAACGGCGAACUUGGAUCGGGUAGGUCGAAGCCUCCGAGCAACGAAAACGCCGCUCGAAGACCAAACCCGGCUCUCAAACCGAAACCCAAUUCGGGUAUCAACAACGGCGUGACGAAGCUCGACAAUGGCGCAAUUCAAAAGAAACCGAUCCGCCCCCAACAAGAGCCGAACUGCGACAACGAGAAUUCAGUCGGGAUGAAGCUCGAGGCCGCGAAGAGGAAGCUACAAGAACGCUACCAAGAAGCCGAGAACGCCAAGAAGCAGAGAACGAUUCAAGUCGUCGAGCUGCGGGAUCUCCCGAAACAAAGCCUCGCGCCAAGGAAUCAUCACGCCCGAUUGGGCAACCAUAACCGGAACUGGGCAAACGGGCGCCGAUAGAUUCAAACAUUACUUAAUUCAAUUGGAAUAACAUCAUCGAUCCCCCCGAACUGGGCUAACUUACAUUAAAUCGAAGAGUUUUUCGCCCCCGUCGACAUUCGAAUGACUUCUUUUUACAAAAGAUCAUCUGUAGCAUAGAUUUUCUUCUUCUUCUUCUCACAAAAGAGAAUAGAGCAAUGUAACAAAAUGGAGCACAAACAUCAUUGUUCUUAGACAAUUUAUGGACUCUAAGAUGUCCAUGACUUAAUUCUUUUGCCCUUAGGACAGUCCUUCCAUGUUCUUCUUACCAUAAUUGGAAAGGACACACAUAUAUACAUAUACAUGUAAUGAUCAAAUUGCAUUUGAACUUGGAAUGCAAUGCAAAGAACAAAAGCCUUUUCAAGAAA